UUACAUCACCAGGUUGCGCCUCCCUCUUUUUCUCCCUCCUCCGGUGUUACGGUGUCACCUUGGGGGUCUCUCCAGUCAUUCGGUGGAAAGAUGGCAGACAGUGGGAGGCAGCGGACCUCCCCCAAGGCGGUGAAGUUCCUUUUUGGGGGACUGGCUGGAAUGGGAGCAACUGUUUUCGUUCAACCACUAGAUCUAGUGAAGAAUCGUAUGCAGUUAAGUGGUGAAGGUGCGAAAACUAAGGAAUAUAAAACUAGUUUCCAUGCAGUUGGCAGUAUUUUACGAAAUGAAGGCCUACGGGGGAUCUAUACUGGACUGUCUGCAGGACUCUUACGCCAGGCUACGUACACAACCACUCGUCUUGGUAUCUACACUAUCCUGUUUGAAAAGCUAACAAAGGACGACGGCACCCCCCCAAACUUCUUAAUGAAGGCUGCCAUUGGCAUGACAGCAGGGGCCACAGGUGCUUUUGUGGGCACCCCAGCUGAAGUGGCAUUGAUCAGAAUGACUGCAGAUGGAAGGAUGCCAGUUGAUCAGAGACGGGGGUACAGCAAUGUGUUCAAUGCCUUGGUACGGAUGUCUAGAGAGGAAGGUGUAACUACACUUUGGAGAGGUUGUGUUCCCACCAUGGCUCGAGCAGUUGUUGUCAAUGCUGCCCAACUUGCAUCUUACUCUCAAUCAAAGCAAUUCCUUUUGGACUCGGGUUACUUCAAGGAUGACAUCCUUCUCCACUUCUGUGCCAGUAUGAUCAGUGGUCUGGUAACUACUGCUGCCUCUAUGCCAGUGGACAUUGCAAAAACAAGAAUACAGAACAUGAGGAUGAUCGAUGGAAAGCCAGAAUAUAAGAAUGGAUUGGAUGUUCUAGUAAAAGUUGUGCGAUAUGAGGGUUUCUUUAGCUUAUGGAAGGGUUUCACCCCAUACUAUGCUCGACUCGGACCUCACACUGUCCUGACCUUCAUCUUCUUAGAACAAAUGAACAAAUUCUACAAGAAGUAUUUCCUGAGCGGUUGAAAACAAAAAUUGGCUGGGGUACCCUUUACAUGAAAGGAAGAAAAAGCCCAGCAGAACAAAAACACCAUGGAGAUGAACGUUCACACAAUUUCCUGUACAGGGGGUGCUGCAAGCAAACGUUAUUGGCUUCUUAUGCAUUGUGGGGACCUCUGGUGUUUAAAUGGUUAACUUAGUGUGUAAUGGGGGAGUAGCUUUUGAACCACUCAGACUCUCUGUAUACGUAGGUUUUAUGGAUGUGUGUAUUUGUAUAUAUAUUUACACACAUACAUGCACAGACGCUUUUUGUUUUUGUUCUUCUAAAAACAUGUCAAAUAUAAAUUAUAUAUUUCCCUACAAAUAAUUUAAACGGUUAAUUUAAUAGUGAGUGCUUUUUUAAACUGUACCUUUAACUGUCAUGGUUUUACGGUAUUCCCUAUAAAUUAUACAUGGUUUGUUUCUCUGACACAGGCAAUUCCAUUGUCUUAAGAUGUGAUAAAAAUUAUAUGUUGGUAA